AUAAACAGUAAGUGACAGGGCUGGACUAUGCGCAAUAUAGUUCCCCAGUGGAACCACAGCCUCUAUCCAGCCAAGACCGUGGUGCGUCCUGCUCGAGGUGGCCCUGCUAGUGGCUGUCUCUGUGCUUUAUUAUGGAGGCAGCCACAACAGAACACCACGGAUCUAGACUGCGAAGUCGAUAAACAUCCCCCUAAACCAGGGUGUAAAGCGAACCGUGCCCAUUGGUUGGUUUGCAGCCAGGGGUUAGCCGGCUGUAUUUUAACGGAGCCCCAUCGAUACCUGGUCACCUCGGUGUUGGUAAUAAAAGACCUUGUCGUGCUACAGGGGGCAAUUGCAUGAUGGACCUCUCGAACCCCCACACUCGUGGGAAUCAAAAUGAACCAAUCUUAUAACCAACAAAACUAUUAUUAUUCACAACACCAAAACCAACAACAACAACACUUGCGACAACAACACAACCAGCAACAACAACACCACCAGCAACAACAAUUUCAGGGUAACCAAGCCCAUUUAUAUAGUCGACGGGAGCAAUCAAACGCCCCUGUAGGAAUUUCGCAAUUCUGUGAAGAAUAUCGCAAGAUUUAUAUGAAAGUUCUAGACCUUGGCUAUUCACCGGAUCAUGCACUGCAAAAAGUUUUAGACGUGGCACCUCGUCAAACACAUCAAGAUAUAUUGCGAUCAUUGAGAGGGGAACAAGAAAUUGAACCGAAUUUCUCGGAACGUAAUUUUGAUGAGCAGCGUAAGCGAGCUGCCAAUUUUGGGGAUAGAAAUGAUGCCAAGAGAUGGAGGCCUCCUGAAGCCAGUACUUCACAAUCACGCGGUAUAUGGCAAGAGAGAGGCAAUAGGACAACCGGUAAUGGAGGAAUUGGUGCACAUCCAGCCCGAAACCCAAUGGAAACUCCAAUAAAGCCAGCCAUAAUCCCUUCAUCGAGGGCACCAAAGAAAGCGCGACUCGCAAAUCCUGAACGACCUAUACCCGAACCUGUUCCACCACCUGCACGAGUACCCUCCCCAGCACGUGUGGAUAUUACGAAGAAACAACCAGUUGUAGGACCUAGCAAGUUAACUCACAUGAGAAAACCCGUAGAAAAAGCUCCACCACCAUCCAUGAAGCCUAGCCCUGUACGUCCACAUGCUCAACAACGCACACAUACUGCAGCGGCCAAUCCAACUCGCAGACCUCUUCCUGCAGCAGCUUCAAAUCCCAAACCACCUCCUGUGACAGGGCCAACUCGCAGACCAUUGCCUUCGUCCGCUUCAACUCGAACACUUCUUUCUGUCCCACUAGCGCCAAGCAAACCAACAACAGCUCAAACAAACCAGCCAAUUACAGCAAGACCGGGAACUCGCAUCGAAUCUCAAAGUGAUGCCAAUGCUAAUGAGUUCUUGCCCAAAAUGUCGCUCGAGGACCGCAUGGCACACAUCCAACAGAUUCUCACCAUGCGAAGUUGGUCCAGCAAACGCAAAAGGCGGCAUCGGGCGAACGUGAAGAUAUUCAUGAAUAUGGGCUUUUCACAAGCAGUUGCCGAGCCGAUGGCCGUAGAAUUCGGAAGGAUAAACUUUAAGAUGAAAAGUGAUUUCUUAGAUGAGAUUGGUGUUCCGUCAGCAGCCAGAGAGACAAUCAAAGAAAAUAUUAGCAAUGGGCAAGAAGAUAUCAAAAAUGUGGCCAUGGCCUUAGAGUCGUAUCCCAAAAAAAAAUUGUCUACAGCGCAGAUGGAACUUAUCGAAAAUACGCUAGUCGAAGAGCUCUCCAAGGAAGAAAGUUCGACUUUUCUGCGCUUUGAUGGAAUAUUUUACAAGGCCGGCUAUAUGGUGAUAAAAUGUAUUGGCCGUAGACCCAGGUCCUGGAUGUAUAGCAAAGUGUCCAAACUGAAUGUGGUUAUACCGGAUGGAAAGCUCAAGAUAUGGAACGAAGAAAAUCUGCCCAAACGAUAUAUCGUUACUUUCAUAUUACCAAAAGGUGAUAAAGUGGAUCCAAAGACAACUUUAGCACUUCUUGGUAAACAGAAUUUUGGCUUAAAUAUUGAGGACUGGGAUAUCUUUGAAAGUGAGAAUCAAGGCAAUGAUAAAUGCUUUAAGGUCGGUAUCGACGAAAAAUCAAUGCAGGCAAUUGAGGCCAGAAAUCUAAAACUGAAUUACCGCUUGGAAUUGAUUGAAAUUAAAGUAUUAAUGAACUCUAAUGAUCCUAAUUGGGAUACAAUGGAAUCUAAAUUAACUGAAACUGGAGCAAGCAAGGCAAUUUCAUCGCAAAAUAAUGUGGACGGAAACAGUGCGGGGAAUAAUGAUAAUUCAGUUCCGUCAUCGAAAACAGUCAACAUUGCAAAGGGUACCGAAAAAAAUCCCUCGACUGCUUCUGUUGGAAAAUCGGCGGCUAAUACAGCCGCUACUGCGAGUACCCCCGUCACAUCGAAGAAACCCGAAAGCAUACCCAAAGAGGUUCCGAAUUCCGAUGCAGCACCCAAAAACAAUCUAAACUUGAGUAUAGUUAAGAUUGAGCCCGUUGAUGCCACCUAAGUUUCACCGAAGAAGAAAUAUCAUGCAUAUAUGUAUACAGAACACCAUGCACCUUAUCUGAGAUGCUACAUAUUGGAAAGCGUGAUCUGGAACAACCAUUGCAGGAUGUAGCGUCAAUAUUCCAUUGGGUUCUAAAUUUGUAUAUGCAUAUAAAUAAACUGACUAAACCGAA